GGAAGUGAAAUGAUUUUUCUUGGUGGUCCUCUUCUUAAGGAGAGCAUUUCCAGGGACUAGUACAAGAAGACUUAAGAGGCACAAAUCCUUGGAAUGGACAAACUCAGAAUGGUGCUACAUGAAAACUCUGGAUCUGCUGACUUUAGAAGAUGCUCUGUCCGCUUAGGUCCCUUCACUGUUGCUGUGGUCUCAGUUCUCAGUGCCUGCUUGAUCACCAGUUCCCUUGGAGGAACAGACAAAGAGCUGAGGCUAACGGCUGGUGAGAACAACUGCUCGGGGAGAGUGGAGGUGAAAGUCCAGGAGGAGUGGGGGACGGUGUGUAACAAUGGCUGGGACAUGGCUGCGGUCUCCGUUAUUUGUAGGCAGCUGGGAUGUCCUACUGCUAUCAAAGCUGCUGGAUGGACUAAUUCCAGUGCGGGCUCUGGACGCAUUUGGAUGGAUCAUGUUUCCUGUCGAGGGAAUGAGUCAGCGAUCUGGGACUGCAAACACGGUGGAUGGGGAAAGCAUAACUGUACUCACCAACAGGAUGCUGGAGUCACCUGCUCAGAUGGAUCUGACUUGGAGAUGAGGCUGAUGAACGCAGGAAACCGGUGUUCAGGAAGAAUUGAGAUCAAAUUCCAAGGACAGUGGGGAACAGUGUGCGAUGAUGACUUCAGCAUGAAUCAUGCUGCUGUGGUUUGUAAACAGCUUCAGUGUGGAGGUCCUGUCAGUUUCUCUGGUUCAGCUAAUUUUGGAGAAGGUUCUGGACCAAUCUGGUUUGAUGAUCUUGUAUGCAAUGGAAAUGAGUCAGCUCUCUGGAACUGCAAACAUUCAGGAUGGGGAAAGCAUAACUGUGAUCAUGCUGAGGACGCUGGAGUGAUUUGCUUAGAGGGAGCAGACCUGAGCCUGAGAGUGACAGAUGGAGUCAACAAAUGUUCAGGAAGAUUGGAAGUGAGAUUCCAAGGAGAAUGGGGGACAGUGUGCGAUGAUGGCUGGGAUAGUGACGAUGCUGCUGUGGCAUGUAAGCAACUGGGAUGUCCGACUGCCAUCACUGCCAUAGGUCGAGUUAACGCCAGUGAGGGAACUGGACACAUUUGGCUUGACAGUGUUUCCUGCGAAGGACAUGAGUCUGCUGUCUGGCACUGCAAACACCACGAGUGGGGGAAGCAUUAUUGCAAUCAUAAUGAAGAUGCUGGUGUGACUUGUUCUGAUGGGUCAGAUCUGGAACUGAGACUCACAGGUGGAGGCAGCCGCUGUGCUGGGACAGUGGAGGUGGAAAUUCAGAAACUGAUAGGGAAAGUGUGUGACAGAACCUGGGGACUGAAAGAAGCUGAUGUGGUUUGUAGGCAGCUGGGAUGUGGAUCUGCACUCAAAACAUCCUAUCAAGCUUAUUCCAAAAUUAAGGAAACAAACACGUGGCUGUUUUUAAGCAGCUGUAAUGGAAACGAAACUUCUCUUUGGGACUGCAAGAACUGGCAAUGGGGCGGACUUAGUUGUGAACACUAUGAAGAAGCCAAAGUUACCUGCUCAGCCCACAGGGAACCCAGACUGGUUGGAGGGGACAUUCCCUGCUCUGGUCGUGUGGAAGUGAAACAUGGCGACACUUGGGGCUCCGUCUGUGAUUCCGACUUCUCUCUGGAAGCGGCCAGCGUGCUGUGCAGGGAAUUACAGUGCGGCACGGUCGUCUCCAUCCUGGGGGGAGCUCACUUUGGAGAAGGAAGUGGACAGAUCUGGGCUGAAGAAUUCCAGUGUGAGGGACAGGAGUCCCAUCUUUCACUGUGCCCAGUAGCACCCCGCCCAGAUGGCACUUGCAGCCACAGCAGGGACGUUGGAGUGGUCUGCUCAAGAUACACAGAAGUCCGCUUGGUGAAUGGCAAGUCCUUAUGUGAAGGAAGAGUGGAGCUCAACUUUCUUGGGACCUGGGGGUCCCUGUGCAACUCUCACUGGGACAUGGAAGAUGCCCACGUUUUGUGCCAGCAGCUUAAAUGUGGAGUUGCCCUUUCUACCCCAGGAGGAGCAGCUUUCGGGAAAGGAAGUGGGCAGGUCUGGAGGCACAAGUUUCACUGCACUGGGACUGAGCAGCACGUAGGAGACUGUCCCGUAACUGCUCUUGGUGCAUCGUUAUGUUCUGCAGAGCAAGUAGCUUCUGUAAUCUGUUCAGGAAACCAGAGUCAGACACUAUCCCCAUGCAAUUCAUCAUCCUCGAGUCCAACAAGCUCUCCUGUUUCAGAAGAGAGAGGUGUUGCCUGCAUCGUGAGCGGGCAGCUCCGCCUGGUAAACGGAGGCGGCCGUUGUGCAGGGAGAGUAGAGGUGUAUCAUGAGGGCUCCUGGGGCACCAUCUGUGAUGACAGCUGGGACUUGAGUGAUGCCCACGUGGUGUGCAGACAGCUGGGCUGUGGAGUGGCCAUUAAUGCCACUGGUUCUGCCCAUUUUGGGGAAGGAACUGGGCCUAUCUGGCUGGAUGAGAUGAACUGCAAUGGAAAAGAGUCUCACAUAUGGAAGUGCCAUUCACAUGGCUGGGGGCGGCACAACUGCAGGCAUAAGGAGGAUGCGGGCGUUAUCUGCUCAGAGUUCAUGUCUCUGAGGCUGAUCAGCGAAACCAGCAGAGAGACCUGUGCAGGGCGCCUGGAAGUCUUUUACAAUGGAGCUUGGGGCAGCGUUGGCAAGAGUAACAUGUCUGCGACCACGGUGGGGGUGGUAUGCAGGCAGCUGGGCUGUGCGGACAAAGGGAACAUCAGCCCUGCAUCUUUAAACAAGAGGACGACCAGGCACAUGUGGGUGGACAAUGUUCAGUGCCCGAAAGGACCUGACACAUUAUGGAAGUGCCCGUCAUCUCCAUGGCAGUGGAGACUGGCCAGCCCCUCAGAGGAGACCUGGAUCACAUGCGCCAAUGAACAACUCCGCCUGGUGGACGGGGACGGCCGCUGCGCAGGCAGAGUGGAGAUCCUCCACCAGGGCUCCUGGGGCACCAUCUGUGAUGACUUCUGGGAACUGAUCGAUGCCCAUGUGGUGUGCAGACAGAUGGGCUGUGGACAAGCCCUCGAUGCCUUGGGCUUCGCUCGAUUCGGGGCGGGAUCCGGGCCCAUCUGGCUGGAUGAUGUGAACUGCACGGGAACAGAGUCCCACGUGUGGAGGUGCCCUUCUAAGGGCUGGGAGAAGCACAACUGCGAUCAUACAGAGGAUGCAGGAGUCAUCUGCUCAGGAUUUGUGCAUCUGGUUGGAGGGCAUGGACCCUGCUCAGGGCAAGUAGAAGUGCAUUCUGAAGAAGAUUGGACUCCAGUGUCUGACGGGAACUUUACCUUCCUCACAGCCCAGGUCAUCUGUGCAGAGCUGGGCUGUGGCAAGGCUGUGUCUCUCAUAGAACACGUGCCCUUCAGAGAGUCAGAUGGUCAGAUCUGGGCUGAGGAGUUCAGGUGUACCGGGGAGGAGUCUGAGCUCUGGUCCUGCCCCAGGGUGCCCUGUCCAGGAGGAACCUGCCGCCACAGUGGAGCUGCUCAAGUUGUCUGUUCAGCAUACACAGAAGUGCGGCUCAUGAAAAAUGACACGUCUCAGUGUGAGGGACGAGUGGAGAUGAAUAUUUCUGGAGGAUGGAGAGCGCUCUGUGCCUCGCACUGGACGAUGGCCAACGCCCAUGUUGUCUGUCGUCAGCUCGGCUGUGGAGUCGCCACCUCCAUCCCCAGAGGACCAUACUUUGUUGAAGGAAGCGAUCCUAUCUGGAAAGCCCGAUUUCACUGCUCAGGGGCUGAGUCCUUCUUGUGGAAUUGCCCGCUGACUGCCCUGGGUGCUCCUGACUGUGCCCAUGGAAACACAGCCUCUGUGAUCUGCUCAGGAAACCAGACCCAGGUGCUGCCCCAGUGCCACGACUCCGUGUCUGAACCAGGAGGCUCUGCAGCCUCAGAGGGGAGCCCGGCCAACUGCUCAGACAGCAGGCGGCUCCGCCUGGCGGACGGGGGCGGCCGCUGCGCAGGCAGAGUGGAGAUCCUCCACCAGGGCUCCUGGGGCACCAUCUGUGAUGACGGCUGGGACCUGACCGAUGCCCACGUGGUGUGCAGACAGCUGGGCUGCGGACAGGCCGUGGACGCCUCGCCCUUGGCUCGCUUCGGGGCGGGAUCCGGGCCCAUCUGGCUGGACGAGCUGAACUGCACGGGGAAGGAGCCGCACGUGUGGAGGUGCCCUUCGCGGGGCUGGGGGCGGCACGACUGCAGGCACAAGGAGGACGCGGGGGUCGUCUGCUCAGAGUUCCUGGCCCUGAGGAUGGUGAGCGAGGACCAGGAGUGUGCCGGGUGGCUGGAAGUCUUCUACAACGGGACCUGGGGCAGUGUCUGCCGCAGCCCCAUGGAAGAGCUCACCUUGUCCAUCGUCUGCAGCCAGCUUGGCUGUGGGGACAGUGGAACUCUCAACCCUUCUGUUGCUUUUAGGGAAGGUUCUAGACCCCGGUGGGUAGAUUUAAUCCAGUGUCGGAGAACUGAUACCUCUCUCUGGGAGUGUCCUUCUGACCCUUGGAAAUACAAUUCCUGUUCUCCAAAGGAGGAAGCUUACAUCUCCUGUACAGGAAUUAGACCCAAGAGCUGUCCAACUGCUGCCCCCUGCACAGACAAAGAGAAGCUCCGACUCCGGGGAGGAGGCACCCAGUGCUCAGGGCGUGUGGAGGUUUGGCACAGCGGCUCCUGGGGCACAGUGUGUGAUGACUCCUGGAGCCUGGCAGAGGCCGAGGUGGUGUGUCAGCAGCUGGGCUGUGGCCACGCCCUGGAAGCCCUGCAAGAUGCAGCGUUUGGCCCUGGGAACGGGAGCAUCUGGCUGGAUGAGGUGCAGUGCAGGGGCAGGGAGCCCUCCCUAUGGGCCUGUGCUGCGGAGCCCUGGGGGCAGAACGACUGCAAGCACGAGGAGGACGCCGGGGUGAGGUGCUCUGGUGACAGGACAACAGUUCCCCCAACUCGUGGAAGAACCAGUACAGCUUCAUCUACCAUCCCUGGCAUCUUCUCCCUUCCUGGAAUCCUCUGUGUCAUACUGGGUGCCCUUCUCUUCCUGGUCCUCAUCAUCCUGGGGAUUCAGCUACACCGAGGGAGAGCAGAGCACCAAGCCUUAUCAGCUUUUAAAGAUGCAUUUGAUGAAGCCUUGUACCAGGAGAUUGAUGACCUCGUGAAAUCAGAAAAGGUGGACCUGUUGGAUAACCCAGAUAACCUGUCUGAUGACUCAGCGACUAAGCUGCAGUAUUACACAGGGGACGAUGAGGAGAAUGGAGACCCUGAGUCUGCCUCAGAGCCUCCAGGACAGCAUGUUGAUGCCACAGGAAAUGGUUAUGAUGAUGUGGAUGAGUCACCUGUUCCUGUAACUCCUUCCUUGCCUGGAAUGAAUGAGAAUUAUUUUUCCCCAGAGGAUGGAGGUGGUGCCAAUUCUUCCCAGACAGGCAUCUCUCUGCAGUCUCCUAGAGAAGCUGUCAACUCUAGCAUGAAAGAGAAAGAAUCCCCAUUGGUCCUGAGACAAGAUGAGCCUGAGUAUGAUGAUGUUGAGCUUAGCACCAUGUAGAGCCGUUUUGAAGCAAGAAACUCUUCAGAGAAUCGUCUGUAAUAUUGUUUCUCAGAUAAAUGAGAAUCCUGUCUUCUCCAUUACUGCAGCUUUUACAUGUAACUAUGAUUAAAGGAAAUUAUUCAUAAUAAAUACUCUGAGCUUAACAGACAAA